CGUUAAUUGUCAACCAGCUAGCUAUCCUAAUGGUUCCUAAAAUGAGACGCACAUAGGGAUUGAAGUCCCAGAAGGUAUGCGGAGUCUUCGGCUGUGAUUGGGGGAAAGGGGGAGAAGAGGAAACGGAAAGAAGUAAAAAAUAAGCCGAGCUUGUUCUUUUGAAAUUAAAUUUUUUGACUUCACUGGGUAAGAAACUGAUGCUGAAUUAGCUAGCCAGUUAGCUAGCUAGCUGCUGCUUUCCCUGCUGCCGUCUCCCUGCUCCUCCUGUUCUCCUGUAGCGUGGCUUUGCUCCCCCCACAGGCCGCCAUCCUUGUCGCUUUUGUCUGCUGUGGCCUCUAAGCGAGUCCGAGGCCUCCAGUGUCGUGGCUACUCUGGUCAUGAAAAGCUGCUUUUGUCUGGGAAGGAAGGACGAAGUGCCUCGAGCAACAAACUCCCCCACCAUGCCAGAGGUAAGGGACCUCUCAGAAGCCCUGCCGGACUUGCCCAUGGACCCCAUUACCGGAGUUGGGGUGGUGGCAUCUCGGAACCGGGCACCCACCGGCUAUGACGUGGUUGCACAGACGACAGAUGGCCUGGAUGCAGACCUGUGGAAGGACGGCCUCUUCAAGUCCAAGGUCACUCGUUACCUCUGCUUCACCAGGGCCUUCUCCAAAGAGAACAGCCAUUUAGGAAACGUCCUGGUGGACAUGAAGCUGAUAGACAUGAAGGACACACUGCCUGUGGGGUUCAUCCCCAUCCAGGAGACAGUGGACACACAGGAGCCAGUCUUCCGGAAGAGGAGGCUCUGCAUUAAGUUCAUCCCGCGGGAUUCCACUGAGGCGGCCAUCUGCGACAUCCGCAUCCUGGGAAGGUCCAAACAGGCCCCGCCCCAGUACACCUUCAUCGGAGAGCUGAACAACAUGGGGAUCUGGUACCGGAUGGGGAAGGUCCCGCGGACUCAGGAGCCCACCCAGAACCAGAACCACACACCUCCCAUCCAGACUGUCACUUCUACCGCCACCCCUGCGCCAAACCUGCCCAGGCACAUAUCCAUGACCCUCCCCGCCAGCUUCAGAGGGAAGAACACCACCCGGCCGGACUACGAGCACCAGAACUCCAAUCUGUACGCCAUAUCAGCUAUGGAUGGAGUGCCCUUCAUGAUCUCUGAGAAGUUUGCGUGUGCAUCCAGUGAUUUGCAGCAGGUGGAUUUAAUGGGCAUUACUAUCAAAUCCCUGGCGGAGAUCGAGAAGGAAUAUGAGUACAGCUUCCGCACAGAGUACAGUGCCGCAGCCCGCCUGCCCCCCAGCCCCACCCGCACCCAGCUGAGCUCAGAGGCCUGAGGCGGACGGAGGAAGGGACCGACGGAAGAGCCACGCUGCAGAGGGAGGACAGCACAGCACUCUCUCUCCCCUCAGCCCCGCCCUUCCCUCUGUGUUCUCCCACUCGGCCUGGCCUCUCGCACCGCUGUGCACGCUUCCAUUACCGGAUUUAACACGAACACAAACUCUUCAUUCUAACCCUCCUUUCCAGCCGACGUUCAUUUCCUGUUAAUCCUUUUAUUUUUGGGAAAAGUACAAAGUCCGGUGGCUUCUUCAAGACUUAGGCGAAGCUGUAAGUGUACCUUUUCUGGCGGGAGGACGGAGAGACGGAGCCCGAGACUGCGCCCCCGAGAGGCAAGACCGAGGCAGUGCAGGUCUGCGGUCAGAGUCCUCUCAGCUGCUACAAAAGAAAGAAAAGCACUGCUCCUAAUGGCAGCCAAUUUUGUUGAACUGUGGAAGACCACUACAAAAGAGAGAGGGACCACAAGUAUGGAUUUAGACUAAUGAUUAAACUGCAUGGCACAAGGUUUGACAGAGCCAUCAGGGGCUUUCUGUCCUGGGUCAGACCUGGGCCCGCAGGUGUCUGCUGACAGUAUGUUGGGUCAGGAGAGGUCCUGGUGGUUUGCAGCUGUUCUGGGAUCAGUAAGCACAGAGUCAGACAGAACCCCUUCAGACAAGUGACACAUUUUCCUUUCAGCCCAGCAAGCCACGCUGAAAUUCCCAUAGGAGCCACUGAAACCCAACCCCCCCUUUGUAAAUGGGGUUAGCGAUGUGUCAGGUAAAGGUGUAAAUGUGUUUUGCGAUUUUGGG